CAGGCGCCCUGGGCGCAGCCGAGAGAGGUAGCAAUGGACGCCUUGGAGUCGUUGUUGGACGAGGUGGCCCUGGAGGGGCUCGAUGGCCUCUCCCUGCCGGCGCUCUGGAGCCGCCUGGAGACGCGGUCGCCGUCCUUCCCGCUCAUUCUGGAGCCGUACACGCAGGAGUUUCUGUGGCGGGCUCUUGCGACGCACCCGGGCAUCAGCUUCUAUGAGGAGCCUCGGGAGCGACCCGACCUCCAGCUCCAGGACCGCUAUGAAGAAAUUGACUUGGAAACAGGGAUCCUGGAGUCGAGGAGGGACCCGGUGUCGCUUGAGGAUGUCUACCCCAUCCACAUGAUCUUAGAGAACAAGGACGGCAUCCAGGGCUCAUGCCGCUACUUCAAGGAGAGGAAAAACGUCACCAAUGACAUCAGGACGAAGUACAUGAAGCCCCGCUGUACGAUGCUGGAAGCCUUUGGCAGGUGGGGGAAGAAGCUCAUCAUCGUGGCCUCCCAGGACAUGCGCUACAGGGCCCUGAUAGGCUCUGAGGGCGACCCCGACCUGAAGCUCCCUGACUUCUCCUAUUGCAUCCUGGAGCGCCUGGGCCGGUCGCGCUGGCAAGGGGAGCUCCAGCGGGACCUGCACACCACCGCCUUCAAGGUCGACGCCGGGAAGCUUCACUACCACAGGAAGAUCCUCAACAAGAGCGGCCUCAUCACCAUGCAGUCGCACGUGAUCCGCCUGCCCACCGGCGCCCAGCAGCACUCCAUCCUGCUGCUCCUCAACCGCUUCCACGUGGACAGGAGGAGCAAAUACGACAUCCUGAUGGAGAAGCUGUCCAUGAUGCUGAGCACGCGGAGCAACCAGAUGGAGACGCUGGGGAAGCUGCGGCAGGAGCUGGGGCUGUGUGAAAGAACCUUCAAGCGCCUCUACCAGUACAUGCUGAAUGCAGGGCUGGCGAAGGUGAUCCCCCUGCCCCUGCAGGAGAUCCACCCUGAAUGCGGACCUUGCAAGACAAAGAAAGGGACCGACGUCAUAGUGCGCUGCCUCAAGCUGCUGAAGGAGUUCAAGCGGAAGAUGGAGGAUGACGACGACGACGAGGAGGUCAUCUCCAAGGGCGUGCCUCCUGUGGACAUCGUGUACGAGCGGGACAUGCUCACGCAGACCUACGAGCUCAUUGAGCGCAGAGGCACGAAGGGCAUCUCUCAAGCCGAAAUCCGAGUGGCCAUGAACGUGGGCAAGCUGGAAGCCAGGAUGCUGUGUCGCCUUCUCCAGAGAUUCAAAGUUGUCAAGGGCUUCAUGGAAGACGAGGGCCGGCAGCGCACCACCAAAUACAUCUCCUGCGUGUUCGCGGAGGAGAGCGACCUCAGCCGGCAGUACGAGCGGGAGAAGGCCCGGGGCGAGCUCCUGACCACCGUGAGCCUGGCCUCCGUGCCUGAGGAGACGCUGCUGCCCGAGGCUGAGGACACCUUCCUCUCCGAGUCAGACAGUGAGGAGGAGGGUGGAGGCGGCGGCGGCAGCGGCAAGAAGAAAGGCAGAGGGGCCCAGGGGGGCGCCAAGUCCUCCUCCAGCCACGGUCCCUGGACUCAGCCCCAUCACUCCACCCCGACCAAGGGUGGCUGGAAGGUGCUCAACCUGCACCCGCUCAAGAAGCAGUCAUCAUCAUCACCAGGGGCCGCGGAGGACAGGGCCAGCCGGGGCACGGCGGGCACGGACGGCCUCCUGGAAUCCAGCACCUCCUCAGACACCGGAGUGGCCUUUGGCACCCACUGCGUGGAGAGCAACAGCGGUGACAUAGCCGUGAUCGAAGAGGUCCGGCUCGAAAACCCGAAGGAGAGUGGUGGCUCACAGAAGGCUGGGAAGCACGGCCCUGGCCCCGACAAGCCCCACGAGACUUACCGGCUGCUGAAACGCAGGAACCUUAUCAUAGAAGCCGUCACCAACCUCCGCUUGAUUGAGAGCUUGUUCACGAUUCAGAAAAUGAUCUUGGAUCAGGAGAAGCAAGAAGGCGUGUCCACCAAGUGCUGUAAGAAGUCCAUCGUCCGCCUGGUGCGGAACCUGUCGGAGGAGGGUCUCCUGAGACUGUACCGGACCACGGUCAUCCAGGACGGCAUCAAGAAGAAGGUGGACCUGGUGGUGCACCCGUCCAUGGACCCUAAUGACCCUCUCGUGAGGAGCGCCAUCGAGCAGGUCCGUUUCCGGAUCUCCAAUUCCAGCACAGCCAACAGAGUGAAGGUUCCCCAGCCUCCGGUGCCCGCAGAGGAGAUGGAGGAGGACGAGAGUCAGGAGAAAGAGGGCAUGAGCGAACUGGAUACCUCCCAGUCCACCACUGCUUCCUCCAAGCCUGAAGGCGGACGGGCCAAAAAGACAGAUGAGAAGAUGGGCAUCACCCAGCUGAAGAACUACAACCCCGUCAUAGUUCCUGGACUCGGGCGAUCUCAGGGCUUCCUGCCCAAGAUGCCGCGCCUGCGGGUGGUGCACAUGUUCCUGUGGUACCUCAUCUACGGGCACCCCGCCAGCCACACGCCCGAGCGGCUGGGCUUUGAGAGGGGUGCGGGCAGGCCGGAGCAGGGCCAGUCGGGGGUCCCGCCCUCCUACGGGAGCGACUUGGAGUCCUCCUUCGAGGACCCAUCCGGCCAGCUCCCCCGGGAGACCGACGUGGAUCUCUCCGCAGAGAAAGUGUACGUGGACGAGGCCUCCUGGACACGCUACGUCCCGCCCAUCCCCAUCCACAGGGACUUUGGCUACGGCUGGGCCCUGGUCAGCGACCUGCUCCUCUGCCUGCCCCUCUCCAUCUUCGUCCAGAUCGUGCAAGUCAGCUACAAGGUGGACAACCUGGAGGAGUUUCUCAGCGACCCUCUGAGGAAGCACAUGCUGAUCCGCUUCCUCCCCAGGCACAUCCGGCAGCAGCUUCUCUACAAGAGACGCUACAUCUUCUCGGUGGUGGAAAGCCUGCAGCGGCUGUGCUACAUGGGGCUGCUCCAGUUCGGCCCCACGGAGAAGUUUCAGGACAAAGACCAGGUCUUCAUCUACUUGAAGAGGAACGCGGUCAUCCUGGACACCACCACCUGUGACCCGCACUACAACCUGGCCCACAGCACUCGGCCCUUCGAGAGGCGUCUGUAUGUGCUCAACUCCAUGCAGGACGUGGAGAACUACUGGUUCGACCUGCAGUGCAUCUGUCUCAACACCCCGCUAGGCAUCGUGCGCUACCCGCGGGGCAAGAAGACCAGCAACGUGGACCAGGGCAGCGACGAGGAGGGUAACCUGCAGAAGGAGCAGGAGAACGCCAUCGACAAGCACAACCUGGAGCGCAAGUGCGCCAUGCUGGAGUACACCACGGGCAGCCGGGAGGUGGUGGAUGAAGGCCUGAUCCCCGGGGAUGGACUGGGGGCCGCCGGGCUGGACUCUAGCUUCUACGGCCAUCUGAAGCGCAACUGGAUCUGGACCAACUACAUCAUGAACAAGGGCAAGAAGGACAACCCCCCGGCAGAGAACGGUUUCACCACGAGGCUGCAGACAUUCCUGGCCAGGCGCUCGUUGCCGCUCAGCGCGGCAGGAGGCGGCGACAGGUCGCAGGCCUGGGGUGACGCACAGCCUGGGGAGCUCUGCACCGACGGGAUGGAGCAGGUGGAGGUGGAGCUGGAGCGCGAGCCCACGGAGGACCGGAACCAGAAGGUGAAGGGGGGGAAGAACCAGAGGCGGAAGCGGCUCAAAGUCCUCAAGGACCCGGCGGUGAAGAAGAUGAAGAGAAAGAGGAAAGAAGAGACCCCAGAGGCCAAAAACAAGAGGCUGCGCUACCACGACGAGGCCGACCAGAGCGCCCUGCAGAGGAUGACGCGGCUGCGCGUCACCUGGUCCACGCAGGAGGACGGGCUGCUCAUGCUCUGCCGCAUCGCCAGCAACGUCCUUAAUGCCAAGGUGAAGGGCCCGUUUGUCCCCUGGCAGGUCGUGCGGGACAUUCUGCACGACACCUUUGAAGAGUCUCUGGAUAAAACAUCCCAUUCGGUGGGGCGACGCUCUCGCUACAUCGUCAAGAACCCACAGGCCUACCUGAACUACAAGGUCUGCCUCGCCGAGGUGUACCAGGACAAGGCACUUAUUGGAGACUUCAUGAGCCGGAAAUACGACUAUGCAGACCCAAAGGUUUGUGCCUUUGAGUUUCGAGAAUUCGUGGAGAGGCUCAAAGAGAAGUUCAGUUCAGCCCUAAGGAACUCUAACUUUGAGAUUCCAGACACACUGGAGGAGCUCUUUGCCAGAUACCGAGUUCUGGUGAUUGGGGAUAAACAAGAUCAAAUGGGAAAAGAGGAUGAACUGAACAGCGUGGAUGACAUCCACUUCCUGGUGCUUCAGAACUUGAUCCAGAGCACGCUGGCCCUCUCAGACAGCCAGAUGAAGUUCUGCCAGUCUUUCCAGACCUUCCGCCUGUACCGUGAGUACAAGGACCAGAUCCUGGUGAGGGUCUUCAUGGAAUACCAGAAGAAGAGCCUGGUCAACCGGCGCCGCAUCAACCACAUGCUAGGCCCCAAGAAGAACCGGGCACUGCCUUUCGUGCCCAUGUCCUACCAGCUCUCCCAGACCUACUACAGGGUCUUCACGUGGCGUUUCCCCAGCACCGUCUGCACAGACUCCUUCCAGUUCUUCCAGAGAGUCCAGGCUGCGGGCAAGAAGGACCAGGCUGACCGCUUCUGCUUUAAGGACCAGGAGGCCAGCGACCCUGCCAGUGACCUGGUGGCCUUUGCCCUGGACAGCCCUGGGGGCUACUGCGUGGGCGCCCUCACCCUGCUCUCCCUGGGGCUGGUGUCGGUGGACGUCAGGAUCCCUGAGCAGAUUGUUGUGGUGGACAGCUCCAUGGUGGACAACGAGGUUAUGAAGGGCAUGGGGAAGGAUGGCGCCACGGAAGAGGACGAGGAUGAGGACGAGGAGCUGGACGAGGGCGUGAGGGGCCGGGGCAGGGGCCGGCGCCGAAGCCGAAGCAGCAGCGGGGGUGGCGGCAUCGAGGUGAAGGCCAGCCAGGCCUCCCACACCAACUACCUGCUGAUGCGCGGCUACUGCGUGCCCGGCAUCGUCAGCGUGCGCAACCUCAACCCCAACGACAACAUCGUGGUCAACUCCUGCCAGGUCCGCUUCCGGCUCCGCCACACACCCGCGUCCACUGGGCUCCAGCCCCACGUCACCCCGCUGGACGAACUGGCCACGGGUGUCUCCUGCCUCCCUGACGCUUUCACCAGGCUGGUGGACAGCCAGGGCGCCUGCAGCCUGGAGGAGUUCGUGCAGCGGGCGGAGCUGGCGGGCUACAGCCCCGAGGACGUGUGCGCUGCCCUGGAGCUGCAGGGCACCAUCGCUGCCGCCGGCUGCUUUGGGGUGGACAGGACGGACCUGCGCCGCCGCUUCUGCUUGUUGGAGCAGAGGGACGGGGGACGCACGCGCACCCUCUCCCACUACCUCCAGGAUCUUGUGGAACAGCAGCAGGUGCUGGAGGUCGGUGCCAACUCCGUCCGCCUGGUGACGGUGGCCUCGGCCCAGCCCUGGCUCCUGCACUCAGUGGGGCUGGCAGGCAGAAGGGACAGUGCCGACACCCCGAGGGAGGACACCCAGGCCAGGCCCCCGGAUGGGCCCUCCUAUGAGGAUGGCUUCCCCCAGACCCCCCUGGGCACCAAGAGAAGCGCCAGCUGGGGCAGCCCCUCCACAGCCUCUGGGGACAAAGGGCUGGACCCCAACGGCGCCCGGGAGCCCCCCGCCAAGAGGCCCCUGCUGGAGGACAUGAUGCAGCUGACACCCAGCUCCCUGCUUGGAGAGGAGGAGGCGGGCAGCUUGGCCGACCCCAUGGCCCCCGCAGACAUGGCGAUGCUGGGCCUGCAGCGGGAAGAGCAGGACGGUGCCCUGGACCGGGGGCCGCCAAUAGGCCAGGCCCAGUUGCUGGUGGGCUCAGAAGACACCAGAGGUCUGUCCGAGAGCCCCAUGGUUGGCAACUUGCUCCCCACCACACCAGACAGGCCUCUGGAGACCGUGCAUUUCCUGAGCCGCCCGUGGCGCGUGGUGGACGGCCAGCUCAACACGCCGGUGUGCAAGGGCAUGCUGGAGGCCGUGCUGCACCACGUGAUGACGCGGCCCGGCGUGCCCGAGGCCCGGCUGCUGGAGCACUACCAGGGGGUCCUGCAGCCCGUCGCCGUGCUCGAGCUGCUGCAGGGCCUGGAGGCACUGGGCUGCAUUAAGAAACGCUUCCUGAGGAAGCCGGCGCCUGUCUCGCUCUUCUCCAAGCCGGAUGAGGAGGACGAGGACGAGGACGAAGGUGGGGACAGGGACGGGGUGCCCUGCCCCGAGGAGAACUUCACCGUUUUCUACGAGCCCACGCUGGACUGCACCCUCCGCCUGGGCCGCGUGUUCCCCCACGAGGUCAACUGGAACAAGUGGAUGCACUUGUGAGGCACGUGGGGCCUCCAGGACCCCAUCCUACCCCCCCACACACACCCUGACCACUGGGCUGCCGGGGUUUGCCUUGUCAAGCACCCCUCACAGUCCAGACCCAGCCGCCUCCCCCCAGAGACCGGUGCCCCUGAGAGGCGAGGACGGGGCAACCCAGCAGAGGCUGAGGGGCCCAAGGGCCCUUUACCUGACAAGGACUCGCCACCUGCCGGUUGGCAAGAAACAGCCUCUGUGGGUUUGGGGAUUUUGGUUAUUUUAAUCUCCCUCUUCAAAAAUAAGCUACGGUCCACCACCCCACCACCCCCUGCAUGUAUUUAUUCCUUUUUUUUUUAUUAAAGUGAUAUAAAA